CAUUCACACAAGUAGGAAGUCACACUCGAUUGUAAGUUGCACCCCCUUCUUUGCCCUUGAAGUUUAGUGUUGAAAGGUUCGAGUAACUUUCUUUCAAGGACAUACGGUACGUGUGGCAAGGAUCGCUACCGUUUCAGUUCAGUUCAGCCACAAAGAGCGUUGUUUUUGUUGUUUGUUGCCAACCCCAGUACACAGCAGUUAACUACUGUAGUACGGAUGUUUUUGCAAUGGCCACCUCAGCAGUGUAAUGUAUCCCAUAGAAAUUCCAUUGUGUAAUAGAGACAAGAGAAAAUCACAUAGCUCAGCACUAACCAAAUGCACACUAAAUUUGUGCAUGUGAUUGUCACGACACCUACACACCGGUCAGCUGUAUGUGGUAUUUGCUGUGUUUUCGUUCUUUGCAGAUCUGGUUCAACAGUGGUGGUUGAUCUCGGUAGUUUACACUUGACUAGUGAUCUGCAGGAUAGCGGCCCUGUCACCACCGAGGACUUGCAUAGCUUGUCCCCUGAGGAGUUGGACAAGAAGAUGUACGACACUUUCUCCCUGGAGCUGAAGCAGCUACAGAUGAUUGUGACCGGACCAGGUGAGGAUUGGCGAGAAGUACUCAAGCAACCGUCUCAUGCUGCCCACUUGCUCUUGCCGCUGGCUAUGAACCUACGCUUGCAGAAGUCGCUGACUGACAAGAGUGAACGCUUGCCCGUCAUCAAGCUAAGUGGGGAAGUCCCCCUGCUGCAUGUGGAUGCAUCUGACUACAAGCUAAAGCAGAUUGUCACGAUCAUUGAAAGCCUGCCAGAGCCACCGUCACCACAGAUACUGAAGCAGCCAAAGGAUGGUGUUGAUGCGGUGGAUUACUUCCCUGUGGCGAUUGAGGACUUCUCUGCUGCUGUGGCAGUUCAUGAAGAUGAUCUGUUCGAGUCUGACGACGACGAGGACUAUAAGUCUUGUUCUGAGGGCAGUGUGCACUCUGGAUCAAUGACUGCUUCAGUUACAAGUACAAGUGCCGUGCAGAGAAGUCUUUCUAGUACUAGACUGGAUAUCACCAAGUUCCACGCUGAUUUCCACGUGAAGAAGGUGGCCCUGACGGUGUCCCAGCGGGAGAGUGAGGGAACGGACCGCGCUCGUGUCGAGCUGGCCAUUACCGACCUGAAUGCUACGGUGUCACAGCGUGAGUAUGACCUGGCUGUUGAUGCCAAGGUUGGUCAGCUGUCUGUCAGUGAUCCUACCAUUGCCAGUAUGGAUGCGGACGGUGGUUCGCUGUGCAUACUGCACAGUGACCCGGGUACUGAUCUCAUCACCGUCAAACUUGUCCAGGCAAAGAGUGAUGGUCCUGACUUUGCUGAGAGGUUUCACAGCACAGCGACAAACAUUGACAUGGAGAUGUCGUCGAUACAUGUCACUGCACACCAGCAGUCGCUCUUUAACCUCAUGGAGUUUGCAGACAGCCUGAAGACUCUGCAGCCGAAGCUGGGAGGAGAUGAUGGUGGCAGCGAAACCUUGGACGACGGCGGAAGUGGAAGUGCCGCUACGGAUGAGAAAUCGGCGGCUGUGUCACGGCAGCUGACAAUAGCGUCCAUUGAGCAAUCGGACGAGUUCAUCAAGCUCCUUCUCAAGGCCAAACUGCCAUCCGUCCGUCUACAACUUGCCAGUGAUCGCAGCGUUAUUGCUGUGGCUGAAAUACGAGGUAUUGAGUCGACAGUGAAAAUGCAAUACAAGUACAUGAACGUUGCGGCCACGUUGAGUGAGCUAGUCGUCCAGGACCCUCAACCGGGAGCCAUACACCAACAGAUUGUUGGCCUUGCCAGAACUGGUGAGAAGGUGCUGGACCUCUCGUUUGACAAGUACGACGAUGCCACAACUGGAGAGAAAGCGUUUGACAUGGAUAGCAGGGACAUGGCCGUCAAGGUCACUCUUGGACAGUUGCAGUUUGUUUUCAUCAAUGCCUUCCUGCAGCGUUGCCUGGCGUUCUUGAAGGGUCUUCAACUGCGACAGGAGACAUUGGAUCAGGCAGCACAGGCUGCUGCGACCGGUGCUGCUGCUUCG